AUGUACUUCUUGUGCCACAAGCCUGUUCAACUACUGCUUGCUAAUGAAGAGAUUAAUGCCAAAACUCUCGUAACAGGGAUUUGGUUUUCAGAUUUUCGGCCUACCUGUCGAUGCUCCUAUCCUGUGCCCGGUUUGUGCUCAAGUCAGCUCGUGCGCAGUUUGAGUCCUUCCGGGAGUAGGGAUGAGGCGAUGAGUCGAACAUGCACUCCAGACCACAUGAGGACGACUAUUUAUCAUAAAGCCGAGCCUUUGCUACAAAUUUGUCAAGGCCAUAGGGUGCAGCUUGUCAAUGCCUGGCAGACAAUCCGAGAAAUUGUGUGCUUUACAGUCGCAAUCGCCUAUCCCAGACCGAUAUUUGCCCGAGCCGCAGAGACAAAUCUGGUCAUGGUCAGUAAAGAGGACUGA